AUGCAAAUAGGAAAAGAAUCCCCUCUAGUUGGUAUCAUCGUCUCCGUAUAUUAUCUUGGUUGUGCAAUUGGUGCUGUAAUAGCUUCCUGGCUCGCCGAUAAAGAAGGUCGAAAACCAUCUAUAUUUGCCUGUCUCGCAACUACAUCUUUCGGGAAUCUUCUUAUGUUUAUUUCUGGUCUGUCAAUGAAUGGAUCUUCUCCAUGGAAAGGUGGGGCGUUGGGUUGUAUGAUAGCUGGAAGAGUGAUUAUGGGACUUGGAGUUGGAGGGAUUGAUGCAACGAUUCCCGUUUACAGUAGUGAACUUUCCCCGGAUGGUGCUCGUGGAAGAGCAUUGGCUCAAGAAUUUCAAAUGAAUAUCUUUGGGCUUUUGAUGGCAUAUUCUAUUAAUCUAGGGGUGACAACUGGACUUGGGAAGAAUAGUCAAUGGGCUUGGAGAAGUCCAAUUAUCAUUAUGCAGAUAUUCCCAAUCCUGCUUAUGUCUUUCAUUGCUCAACUUCCAGAAACACCAAGGUGGUUUAUGAGCGUCCAACGCGAAGACGAUGCUAAGAAAGCUCUUGAAAAGGUCUAUGGCAAAGAGGCAGCCAAAUUGAAAUUCGAAGAUCUUCAAGAAUCCACCGCUCGAGAGGAUGAUACAAAAGUACACUACAGAGAUAUGUUCACCCCAAAACAUGCACAAUUCCAUCCAACCAUGGUAACAAUAAUGGGACAAAUAAACCAAGCCCUCACCGGUUACGGUGCUGUCUCCGUCUACGGACCCCAAAUCUUCGAACUCCUCGGUUUCACUACCCGCAAAGCCGAGUUUCUUACUCUAGGAAACUACAUCUCCUAUUUCCUCCUGAUGACCCUCGCCUGGCUCUCCAUUGACGUUUACGGCCGCCGCAAACUAAUGAUAUGGGGUAGCAUAGGCCUCUCGACCUCCUUCCUUCUACUAACCUUCUUCGGGGGUCUCGCCACCCUCCCCAACAUCCCCAUCCUCGCCAUCCAAAUCCCCGGCUCCCUAACCCUCUUCCUCGCCACCGGCAUCUUCGGCAUCACCUGGCUCGCCACCGUCUGGCUCAUCCCCACCGAAAUCUAUCCUUCAUCCGCCCGAGCCCAGGGCUCCGCCAUCUCGGUCAUCGUAUGGGGAUUAGCCAAUUUUGCAGUCACACUUCUCACACCCAUCGGAUUCAAUAAUCUAUCCUAUGGGCUCUUUUUGAUUUUCGCCGCGACGAAUACUUUUGCAGGGUGGUGGACCUGGCGAUAUAGUCCUGAGAGUGGAGGGAGGAGUUUUGAGGAAAAUCAGGAGUUUUUUAGGUGUGCGGAGGGGGAUGACACAUGGAUUGUGGAGAGGGUGGAUGGGGGGAGGUUUGAGAGGAUGCCGGGGAGGGGUGGUGAAGAUGGGGUUGGGAAGGGGGAUGAGGAGGAUAAUAGGAGUAGGAAUGCGGGUGAGAAUGGGAAUGCGGAGAAUGAACCAUUAUUGGGGAGAAGGGGAUUAGAUCAGACAAACGAAAAAGGAGAAGCGCCCUACAAACAAUAG